AGACGAGCAGCGUGGAAUUCCUCCAUUAAGGAUGGGUCUAAGAUGUUGUUUCUGGGUACCCAUGAAUGUUCCUCUGGUCCAUAGCCUUCCCAAUCCACGAGGUAUUCCAGUUGACCACCAUGACGUCGGGACUCCAGGAUCUCCUUCACCUUGUAGACGGUACCCUCAUCAAGGAUCAAAGGAAGAGGGAGUUCCUCUGUCUGGCCAGGCUCUGUGGAAACAGGAACAGGGUCAUGGGCUGGAGAACAUGUACCAGCUGACACGCAACAGGAAGUACAUGCUGAGAGUGGAUCUGGAGGACUUCACUGGAAGGAAAGGUUUUGCUCUGUACUCGUUCUUCUUUUUGGAUUGUGAAACUGAUGGGUAUAAACUGCAUGUUUCAGGAUUUACUGAUGGAGGAGCAGGCGACUCUCUGGCCUACCAUAAUGAUCAGAAAUUCUCAACCUUUGACAAAGACCAAGACGUCUUUGAAAAGAACUGUGCCAGGCUGCAUCUCGGGGCAUUUUGGUACAAUAACUGUCAUCACGCAAACCUCAAUGGUAUGUACAUUUGGGGAGAUGAUCCCACCAUUUUUGCCAUUGGAAAUGUUUGGUUCACCUGGAGCAACAAUUGGAAUGUCGGUAUGAAAUCUAUCACCAUGAAGAUCAAACGUGUGUCUUAGACUUUUGAGAAAACAUUACAAUGUUUCUCAGAAACAAACAACAAAACAAUCAAAUUGAGGUUUAAGGGUGUCCUUUUUUCUGUAAACCGUGUAACUUAGUAAAUCUGUUGUGCAGUGUACUCUCAUCAAUUAUUUUCUUCUUUAUUUUGGUGUCACUUCAAUUUCACAACUUCAACGAAUCAAUAAACUUCAAUAAAUUUCAGCAAUGAAAAACA